GCGGGCCGGGGCGGAGCGCCGUGCGGCCAACAGCUCCCGGCUUCGGCUCCAGCCCCCGCUCUGGGCCCUGCACCUGUGACUCUCCGCGGCGCUCCUCCUGCCCGGCGAUCGCAGCCCAUGGCCCCGUCUCGCAAGCAGCUCGGCCUCCGCGCCGCCUACUCCGGCCUCAGCUCCGUGGCCGGCUUCUCCAUCUUCCUCGUCUGGACAGUGGUCUACAGCCAGCCGGCAACAGCGGCUAUGGGGGGACUCGCAGGUGUGCUGGCGCUGUGGGUCCUGGUGACACACGUGAUGUAUAUGCAAGAUUACUGGAGGACCUGGCUCAAGGGGCUGCGUGGCUUCUUCUUCGUGGGCGUCCUCUUCUCAACUGUCUCCAUCGCCACCUUCUGCACCUUCCUUGUGCUGGCCAUCACCAGACACCAGAGCCUCACAGACCCCAACAGCUACUACCUAUCCUGCGUCUGGAGCUUCAUCGCCUUCAAAUGGGCCUUCCUGCUCAGCCUCUACGCCCACCGCUACCGGGCUGACUUUGCCGACAUCAGCAUCCUCAGCGAUUUCUGACCCAGAGGGUGAGGCGUCUGCACCCUGGGGCCCUCAGGACCUGGACUCAGCUUCUGAGACAUCAGGUGGGCCUGCCCCACCCCUGGGGACGCCAGAACUGUGGCAGAAAAUACACAGCAGGAGGACCUUGGUCUCCUGGGAAGCUGGCCCCUUCCCUCCGGGGAGACCUAGGUGCUGUGGAAAGGGGUCCUGCCAUGUUGCCCCUCAUUGGUCUGACUGUAGGGCAGCUUUUCAAAUGGAUCUAUUUUCUUAGCACUCGGUGAGGAAUCUUUGUAAGCAGGGCCAGGGCAAGAGUGAAGGGGCAGCGAGGCCUUGACCUAUGCCUGGGGGCAGGGGGCAGGUGGUUUGUUCCCUGCCACCCCAAGAAUUCUCCCUCAGGCCCAGGCGGGAACCUAGAGCGGUCAGGUCAAGUAAGGGCUCUCUAAUAGAGACCUCUCAAGCCCCAACCCUAGCACCCCAUCCUGUUGUUUCCCCAAAGGGAUUGGGGACUUGAGCAGAGAGUUCGGUGUCCCUUUUCCACCCACAGCUGGUCUCCCAUGAGUGUGCAAGAGCCAGUUAUCUCCUUCACCACUUGAAACCCUCCCUUUUACUUGUACCACACCCCCCAGAGUAGGACUCCCCAAACGAGGCCAGACUACGGGUCUUAAAGGUGUUCCUGCCCCUAGAAGGGCUUUGGGGAGGGGGCAGCAUGGUGUAGGCUGGAAGGGCCCCUCAGACCUUGCCCACACAUCACCAGCCCUGCUUCCCAAUCCACCUUGUCACACCUGCCCAUCACACCCAUCACACCCAGAAUACCCUCUGGCCAUGAGAUGCCCUCCCCCCUCCACUGCUGCGCCUUAUCACUGCCCUUCACCUAGAGCUUAUCUUUUUUUAAUCUCCCUUCUGAAAGACAAAAUCUGCUCUCCACACAUACACUGGCCCAAGGGCUCACCUGUCUCGGGAGGGAAGGGGCCACUGGUACAUGCAUCUUUUUGUUAGGUUGCCAUUUUACACUAUCGACCCUUUUCCCACCUGUGUCCAACCCGUCAGCUCUUUGCCUUAUCCGUGUCACUGUCACUUUAGCAGAAAUACAGCGGCCAUUUGUAUCA